GGGAGUUUCCAUAGUCAGUAUCUAAGUGCCACACCUCCCAACACCAUGUCAGGAACAAAAGAGCACAAAUUAAAAGCUGCAAAUUUAUCAGUGUGCUCCAGUCCUCUCUGUUUUUUGAAGUCUGCUGUUCUUGAACUGAGAAGCACCUGCGAGGAGAAACCUGUUUCAACUUUUAAAUUAACUUUUGCACAGAAGGAGGCUUGUGUAUUUUUGUCCUCCAUCACUUACAUUCUAAGUGCAUCACGAAGGGAUCUUCUAAUGUGUUUUUCCAGCAGGUGGGAGUGUUGAGUAAAGCACCCGUGCAACGAAAGCACGUAAAUAUGACGUCAGAGCGUCAUCGCUUUGGCGCGAUGUAGGAGCAAAUUUGAAAAUCAGGCUUCAGACCGUUUACAGACGCGGAUACAGCAGACUACACUUUUGUCUUUAAAGGUCGAAGUUGUGGCUAAAGGGACUGCAAGCUUCACAGGGAUGUCGUGGGACUUUUUUGUGCCCGUGUGUGUGGGCGACCUGGUAAAGACCGGAGGAAUCAACCAGUACGUCGUUCAGGAUGUAGUCCCCCCAAAACAGCUGCCGCCCUAUCUGAGUAGAUUCAAGGCAGCAUUGAGAAGCCAAGGACCUUUGUGUAUCUUGGAGCACUUUGACACAGGCUACAGUGUGCUGCAGCAUAGCAACUCAGUGGAGCUGAGUGUGAAAGAGGAUACUCUGGAAUUACUCGUGCAAGUUGUUAGCAGCCUGGCUUCUACCCUGCCUGCGCUCCUGGUCUCCACUUCUGUCUCAGCAGCAGAACGCAAAGAGAAACUCAAUGCAGUUAAAAUGAGUGUCUUCCUGCUCUGCAAAAUCACAGAGGCCCUUGAAAGUGAAUCCUAUCGACAGAGUAUUGUCACAGCACCUGGGAAGGCUGGUAAAAAAGGCAAAGCUGGCGGAGAAGGACUGCUGCAGUGGGACUCUGAGAGAGAGAAAGUGCUGCAGGCCCUUGUCCAGCUCCUCCAGCUGGAUAUCCGUUCCCUCUGGAGCCUCUCCCUGGUGGAGGAAGAGUUUAUCAGCUGUGUGACCUGCUGCUGCUACAAACUACUUGAGAACCCAACCAUCAGCCACGUCAAGAGCAAACCCACCAGAGAUUGUAUAAUCCACUUACUGGGGGUGCUGAUCAAGAAGUACAAUCACCUCCUGGGUGCAAGUGUAAAGGUGAUCCAGUUGCUGCAACACUUUGAGCAGUUGUCCUCUGUGUUUGCCCAGGCUGUGUCUGUGUGGAGCACAGAAUAUGGAAUCAGGGCUAUCAUAGGAGAAGUAAUAAGGGAGAUUGGUCAGAAGUCAAGCGACGAGCUUGCUAGAGAGGGGUCAGGGGUCAAAGCAUUUUCUUCCUUCCUCUCAGAACUCGGUGCCCUGGUGCCUGAAUUAAUGAUCCCCAACAUUAGUGUGCUCAUCACACACCUGGAAGGAGAGAGCCACGCAAUGCGUGUUGCUGUGUGUGAGGUGCUGGGAGAGAUCCUCGUGCGGGUCCUGUGUGGUGACGGGCUCGACGAGUCUGGUAAAGCUGACCGCGACCGCUUCUUUGAUACCCUGCAGGAACAUCUGCAUGACACACACUCCCACGUCAGGGCACGUGUGUUGCAGGUCUACGCACGUAUCGUCAACAGCAAAGCUUUGCCCCUGUGUAGGUACAGUGAGGUGAUGGGGCUCACUGUGGGACGACUGAUGGACAAAUCUAUAAAUGUGGUGAAGAGCGCCAUCCAGCUGUUGGCAGCCUUCAUUGCACACAACCCCUAUAGCUGCAAGUUGAGCAGUGCAGAUCUGAAGAAACCGCUCGAGAAAGAGACGGCUAAACUCAGAGAGAUGAAGGAGAAGCUGGGGGCAAAAGCACCGGUGGCAGUGAUUAAAGCAUCUGAGCUGUGGGCCGCCAUGGAGCCCGAGCUGCUCGUCACUGUCACGACAGAGCUGGAGCCCACAAGUGAAACAGAGAGGGAGCAGCAGGAGGAAGACGGGGAUGUGGAGGAAGAAAAGGAGGCAGAAGAUGACAGAGCAACCGCAGUGAAGAUUGCUCAGUACCUCCGUGUCAACAAAUACAGGAAUGCUGUGCGUCUUUGUAUAAAAGCCCACAGCUGCUUCCCUGAAUCUGAGAUGUUCGCUUCUCUGUCCACUGUCACCCCAGAGACUUUAAUGAACACACUGGCUCUGCUUUUCAAAGGCUCUGACGAGGACACUUCUGAACUCAGCCAGAACUUGCCCCCCACCCCACAGAGAGAAGGGGAGAAAGAGGAAGAGGAUGGUGAACUGAAGAAGCAGGAGAUGUUGGUUCAGUACCUGAAAGAUACAGAAACCUUCGCCUUACAAGUGGAAAGAGCAAUCUCUGUCAUCAACACCAUGCUCUACUGGAAAACCACUUCAGUUGUCCAGGAGGCUGUGCAGUUUUGUGUGACAGUAUGCGAGUUCAGUGUCGCCAACUCUGUCAGUGGAGUGAGGAAGAUGUUGCCUCUGGUCUGGUCAACUGAUGCUGCCAUUAAAGACGCUGUUGUUCAGGCCUACAGGCGCCUCUAUCUGAACCCUCAGGGAGACACCACCAGGACCAAAGCCCAGACUCUUGUCGACAGUCUCUCCGAGCUGAUGGUGGAUGCGUCUCUGGGAACAAUCCAAUGUCUUGAAGAAAUAGUGCAGGAGUUUUUUGGCAGUGGCAGCAAUCUCCAGUCCACUGUAGUGCAGGUUUUGUGGGAAAGAUUUACUGGCAAAAGAGAAACUUCUAACCUACAAAGACGAGCUGCAGUGCUACUGCUGGGCAUGGCUGCACGGGCAGAGAGGGAGGUGGUCCUCAGUAAUCUGGACACUCUUUGUUCUGUGGCUCUGGGAGAAAAGGUGACUGAAGACUUCCUUCUGGCCAGAGACACUGUUUUCACCAUCUGCAGCAUCACUGACCAUGUCAGGCAAUCAAAAGGCGCUCCAUUCAGACUGCCCCAGGACCAUCAGCUCUUCACCUGCCUCACACAGGCCAUCGCUGAAGGUGUGGUGAUGGAAGACCCUUACUGGCAGAGCUUCAUGGAACAGGCUGUCCGUCUCAUCUACUUCCUGGCUGAAUCCCCUGACCAGCUGUGUUCACGGCUGCUCCAGCGCAGCGCUCGCCUCUUACAAGAUCAGAUCGCAGAAGGUGGGGAAAUCAACAAGAACGCAGGCCAAAUACAAGAUGGGUCUCAAGAUCCCAAUGAGCAAGGUGAACAAGUGAACUGUGUGUGUCUGGCCCAGCUGUUGGCUCUGUGUGGCUGCGUGGCUUUCUGGCAGGUGUCUCACCUUGAGCGCAGUGUGAGCACUGAGCUGCGGAGGAGGAGAGGAGAGAAGGAGGAGAGGGAGGAGAAGGAAAAGGGCCCAUCCAGCAAAGCUAAGCAAACAGCCAACGAGAGUGCAAUGGAGGAGGAGCUCGGGUUGAUCGGUGCCUCCGCCGAAGACACAGAGGCUGAACUCAUCAGAAAAAUCUGCGAGACGGAAUUACUGGCUGAGGAGAACCUGCUGUGUGCAUUCCUUCCCCUGCUGGUUAAAGUCUGCAGCUCCCCUGGACGUUAUUCCCACCCACAGCUCACCACUGCUGCCUGUCUGGCACUCUCUCAGUAUAUGAUGAUAAGCCCAUCGGUGUGUGAGGAGAAUAUCCGUCUAAUGUUUACGGUGCUGGAGCGCUCUGCUCUCCCUGUUGUCAGGGCCAAUGCCAUCAUCGCCCUCGGAGACCUCACCGUCCGUUUCCCAAAUAUAUUGGAGCCCUGGACACAGAAUCUCUAUGCCAGGCUCAGUGACGAGAUUCCUUCAGUGAGGCAGACAGCUGUGACAGUACUUACUCAGUUAGUGCUUAAGGAUGUGCUUAAAGUCAAAGGUCAAGUCAGUGAGGUGGCUGUGCUGCUAAUUGACCCCGAGCCUCACAUAGCCAGCCUGUCCCUGAACUUCUUCAAUGAGCUGGCUGCCAAGGACAACGCAAUCUACAACCUGCUCCCAGACAUCAUCAGUCGACUGUCCGACCCAGAGAGAGGCAUGAGCUCGGAGGACUUCAAUACCAUCAUGAAGCAGCUGUUCUCCUACAUCACCAAAGAAAGGCAGACUGAGUCUCUGGUAGAGAAACUGUGUCAGCGCUUUAGGACUGCCAAGACCGAGCGUCAGUGGUGUGACUUGGCCAUGUCUCUGUCUCUGCUGUCCAUGUGUGAGCGUGGUUUUAAGAGGCUGCAGGAGUGCUGGGAGUGUUACAGUGACAAGUUGACUGAACCUGGAGUCUACCAGCCUCUGCUCUCCAUCACUGCCAAGCUCCGCCGUGGGGCCAAACUCCAGUUUAAGGCCCUAGUGGAUGAUUUUGAAAAGCGUCUGACUGCGGUUCACACACGGGGGCUGGAGAAUGUAGAAAGCCCUGAGAUGGACGAGGAGAACCAAAAAGAAGGAGGACCUAGUGGAAGGACAGUCGUUCGCACACCUCUGCCCACCAGAGGCCGGACUAGGUCAAAGAGAGGUCAAUCAAAGCCUUCUGUUUCCAGCCACGGUGAUGAAAGUUAUGUGACACCUCAAAAAUCUCGCAAAUCUAAGAAACCUGUGAUUACCUUCAGCAGCGAUGAAGAGGAGGAUGAAGAGGAUGCUGUGAUGGCGGAGAGCGAGACCCCUAAAGUGACAACGCCGAUUGCCCGCACAUCCCGACGAGCUCGCCUCAGAAACUGAUUUUCCUCUUUUCUUGUUCUUAUCUAUCUUUUCUUGUUUAUCUUUUUUUCCUGUACCUUUUUAAAAUUUUCUUAAACUAUUGGCUUUUUAAAUAUUUUUAAAAAAAAUCUUUCUGUAUAUUUUUAACAGAUUUUUUUUUAGUACCUGGCACUGAAGUAGUCUGCAUCAUCUAAGGACACAGAAAUAAGAUGUCUUUAAUAAACCUGGUUCUGAUAUGACAAAAACUC